AUGAAGCAGCCAAGUGAUGUUUGCCUUCACCAAAAGAAGAUUCUUUCGCUGACUCCCUCUGCCUUCCAGAAGCAGAUGUCUCUCACCACCAAGCAGAGGCUGGCCAGCACCUGGGAGAUGAAUCUGCCCUGGAUUGUCCAGCUUCUAGACAGGAGUGAGACCUUCCAUCACAAGGUCUCAGCAGUUGACCCAGACCAGACCUUGUUUCAUGUUUUCCCAUCAGAGGUGGUAUUUCAGAACUACGUCCCACACAAGGUCUGUGAAAUGCCACUGGUUCUGAGGAACAGGGACAUGGUUCCUCAGCUGGUGAAGGUCACUAUGCAGAGCCCACCUUAUUUCAAGUUGGUUGGCCCCGGUGGUGUGUGCUGUGAGGUACCACUGUAAAGUCUUGUAAAGUCUUCUACUCUGCACAUCCCCUUCAGCCCUGAGCAGAACAAGGAUUAUUUGCACCAGCUCCUCUGCAUGACCAACAGGGGGAAGUUCAUUGUGCCAAUCCAGGCUGUUGUCUUGGACUUCCCUGCCCAGCUGGAUUUCUCUGUCUGUCCAGUCAAGUACAGCACCCAGAAGACUCUGCUGGUUUGCAACCUUGGCCCCACUGAGGAUGACCCAGUGCUUGAUUUCUUACUUUUGGGCAGUGAAAAGUGA